AAAAGUUCCAUCAUCAGCCUUUUCCUUCUUUUCUUUUGGUACUUUCUUCCCCCUUCUCUUCUCUUCUCCACACACACAAAUACACGUUUUUUUGAAAGUAUGGGCAUGACUGUUCACCAACCUGGGUAUGAAAUUCCAGCUAGCAACAGUGGCAUCGUGUUGAGCACGGCCAGCAACCUCCAGAUCGUUCCGCUUGAGGUACCAUUGCCAAAACCUGGCCAAGUACAGAUCCAGAUGAAAGCCACGGGAAUAGGCAGCUCAGAUAUCCAGUUGUGGAAGUCAGGACUGCCACCUUACAGCAUGUUAGAACAACUCGUUCUCGGAUACGAAGGUGCCGGCUAUGUCACGGCUGUCAAUACGGACGAGAGGCAUCCAGGGCAACCAAAUAUUGACGUAGGAGAUCGUGUCGUUAUUGAACCAUGUGUGCCAUGUUCCGAUUGUAGCUUUUGUUUGGACGGUCGUUAUAAUCUCUGUUCCCGUAUCAUCCAAAAAGGAUCGUUUCCAUUUGAUGGGCUCUUUGCAAAAUACGUGACACAUCCAAUUGCUUGGUUGCACAGAAUUCCUGACACAGUAAGUUUUAGUGAAGCAGCCCUAUUAGAUCCACUCUGUAUUGCCAUCGCUGCUAUUGAUCGUUCCGGUGUACGUAUGGGUGAAUCAUUGCUGGUCACUGGGACUUCUCCAAUCGCACUGCUAGUACUGUUGGUAGCCAAGGCAACCAGUAUCGGCCCAGUUGUGUUGCUAGAUACCCACGCUGGGCGUUUGGAUUUGGCCAAGUCAUUUGGCGCUGAUGCAGCGUUUUCGCUGGAUCCUAAAUGGAGCGAGGAUACCCUCGCACAAGCCAUUUGUGCUGAACUCGGUUCGGAAGGCGCCGAUAGCUCGAUCGAGUGCACAGGAACCGCACCGACACUACGAGUAGCUAUUAAGGCUACGCGACAAGGCGGAAUUUGUUGUCGAACAGGGCCUGGGGAGCCAGAUCAGGUCGUACCUAUCAGUGCCUUUGCUUUAAGAGACAUUACACUACGUGGCGUGCAUAGGCACCACCACACUUAUCCACGCGCCAUUGAGCUCAUAGCAAGUGAGAGAAUCAAUGUCAAACCGUUAAUCACUCACGAGUAAGUGAUUCAUCCUUUUUGCGAAAUUGAACAUAAUUAUCAGUAAAGUUCUGGAUAUUCAACUCCGAGUAUGUAAAACACGCACCUGUUUGUUGGUCCAGGUUUAUGUUUUCCCAGGCUGCAGAGGCCUUUAACGCUGCAGACAAUGGCGAUGCUGUCAAAGCGCUUAUUUUAAACUCUGCAAAUUGAUCAAGACCACGUAGCUAUUUUUCCACGCAAACAACAUCAUAAUACCAUCUCAAUCAAAAGGGAUACUCAAAGUGAUUUAAAACACACGUAAUAUCUACAAGAACACGCGAGUCCAUAUGUUGAUUGAAGACUCAAAGGCGAAACCUUUUGGAAGAAGUGAUAUGUAAUAUUACUUAAUACAGUUAAUGCGCAGAUAAGCGUAUGUACAAUAUUGUUUGUUUAUCCAGUAACUUUGAUACAGCAAUAAAAAGGUCA